AUGCUACCGGCCUACCUCACCUCCGCCUCCGGGCUGAUCAAGAAUCUGAAGGCGGCCUCGGAUCCUCCGCAGUCAGGUUUCCCUCUCAAAAUCGACAUCGCUCUUGAGGCAUGGCAGCAAGACUCGUUCCAUGUUCCGCGCAAGGCUGAUGUGCUUAGAGAUUGGGUGAUCGAGACAUGGACCAGGAAUCAUAAAGGAUGCAAAGUAUUAUCGAUUGCUGCUUGA